UAACUUAGUGACCGAUAGCUUGUUCACAUUGAAAACGACUGUUGUCGAAAAAUAAAUUCACGAGGAGAAAAAAAAGGAAAAUAAUAACGUACGUAAUAGCAUAAUAUGACAAACUAUUGAAACUCAAAUGGCUAAACCUUUUCAAAAGUAUGACGACAACCAUGGAAAUGGAAGACUAUUGUGAUGACAUUGAACUUAUAAACUUUUACAAAUGGUUGGAUAGAAUACCGUUCUCCAGACCUAAAAGAAAUUUUGGAAAAGAUUUUUCAGAUGGAGUACUGUGUUGUGAGAUCAUCAAGCACUAUUUCCCACGAUGGAUUGAACUUCAUAACUACACUCCCGCUGCAGCCACGAAUCAGAAGAUGGAAAACUGGUAUCUUCUUAACAGACGGGUUCUCAAGACGAAGCUGAAUAUGGAUCUCUCGGAUGACGUUAUAAGAUCGCUGGCCAAUGGGAAAGUGAAGGUCAUCGAACGAGUUCUCAUGAUGGUCAGGCUACAGCUGGACAAGGCUCUGGAGAAGGCGUCAACGACGUUCCACCGACAUUCACAUCCUAACGCAAGUUCUGAUGUUAUGUAUCUUUCAGGACCUCCACAUGUGACUCAAAGCAUCAAUGGAUCUGUUUAUGAGAAACGUAAUCCCAGAACGUUUCACUCACCUAGAGGAUUUCAAUCGCCCCGAUCUCUGCCAAACUCACAUCCGGGAAAACCCCUAUAUUCCAGUAGGGAUUAUUAUGCACCAAUUGUUGACAAUGUUCCAAAAGCACUUGUGGAUGAAAAAGUUCAGGAGUGUUUAGCAAAAGAAGAGACAAUACAGAUUUUGCACACGAAACUUAAGCGAUUAGAACAUCUAUUGCAUUUAAAAGACAUGAGAAUAGAAGAUUUAGAAAGCAGAGCACGCCAAAAGCAAGAUUCACAGUUGCAUGAACUGACUGUUCGACGUUCACACCCAUAACAACUGACUGUUCGACGUUCACACCCAUAACAACUGAUUGUGUUGUAACACUUGUUGAAUGCUACACGUAUUAACAAUGAUUCUAUGAUGAGCCCUUUGCUAUGAGUGUACUAAUAAUACAGGGAAAGCUAUUGGUGCACAAAGACUGUAUUGUGUUCUUUUCUUUUGAUAACCGUCUUCCUGUGAAGAGUUUUUUUGUGUUAUAUCGCAUAAUCACAUUGUAUGGUUUUGUUCAGGGCAAGGUGCUUGGGUUGGUCAUAGGAUUUCCUAUAUUAGUGUUUCCUUUAAUCCACAUGUCAAAUGAUAUCACAUAAUUAAUUAAUUAAAGUGUGUUAUUUUGUUACGAGGCUUUAAUCUAAUAUUGAAAGUAAAUGUAACUUUUUAAUAAUACUUUUAUAAUGCAUUUAUAUACUGCAUUAUUCUGAUGCUUUUGAAUGUUUGACAUACUGCAUUAUUCUGAUGCUUGAAUGUUUGACAUACCUGUUGAAUGCAGUAGAUGCAGAAACAGAUUGGUGAAUCAUUAAAGUUGUUUUUAGACAGAAAUCCAACAACUGCUCAGUUGUUUAUGAGAUCAACGUUUAUUUACCAAUUUUACUCUUCUGUAAAAUAAGACUAGGUGUUGUUGAACUCGUUAGAUAGAGUGCACAAGACUUUCACCAUUUCUAAAAAAAUAAUCCCACUUGUUCAUCGAACUUCUAUUUUGAAACUUUGUGCAUGCACUCUUUAUAAACCAAAUUCUUUUAUGGCUAUUAAAUCUAGUUUAACUUAUGAUUUUAAGCCAGUUAUCCGUUUAUUUUAAACAUUCAUUUAAAAUUACUCCAAAUAUAGUCCCUGAUGAAGAUUUGUUAACCUAUUGCGAUGGUUUUUAAGAAGAUUUAUCUCCUCCUUUUACUAUCUUCAGACAUUUGGUAUUUUCAUGCACUUUUCUGACACACUUUCAUUAAACAGCAGUUAUAGACUGUUCAACAAACAUGGAUUGUAUUACUUGGUUUACUGGUCUCACCCUUUUGAUUAGCAUUUUGAAAUGCAGGAGGUGAUGGUAACAUAUUUUAUUUUAUAAAUUAGUGAUACUCUUUUGUUAUAAAACAUAGUUAUGAUUUAUUGUCUUAAUUCAAUAAAGUUGCCAUAAUUGAAUAUACAUAAUUUAUGUACAGUAAAAGAAAUCUUCAGAGCACCAGCCCUUAGUGUUCUUUUAAUGGGGCUGUUGGGCUGAGAAAAAUUGAGAAACACUAAUCUAGAAAAGGAAAGAAGGAAUUCUCAUCACAUGACAUUAUUACCAGUUGGCAGCUAGGACUCUGUUAUAUGUAUCUUCUCAUAAACAGGAUAGCACAUUCCUACUGGCUUUGAUAUGUCAGUCAUGGAACAUUGGUUGUGACAAGAAAACAGCCGAAUAGGAAAUUGACUAUGAUCCACUGCAUCUUGGCAAGCACUCAAACCCAUGCCACACCAAAAUCAGUUUCCCAAAUGUGCAUUGAUGUACACUUUGAAUUGUAAAUGGAUUCCAUGACACUGUCUUCUGACACACUGGCCGCAAACACAUCGAAUUAAAUGAAAGAACAUCAAGUAUGGUUAUGAUGUAACAGGUGGGUUCUUUCAUAUGAUGUCAUGCCUUGGUCUGUAUUGUUGCAUCAUAACUUCAACCUGGUUAUCAAACUGAACCACAUUCUGUCAUUGAUCGUUGACACACCAACACAAUACAACUGAACAGAACUGGAAAUUAAUUCCAAAUUUCACAUAUGUAUGUCGAAUGGGUAUGAAGCAAAUUGAAGUGUGCUUCAUAACUGGCUGGAUGUUACCUAUAGUUUGUCCCAUUUUUGUUAAUAAUUUCAGUUUGGUUUGACUUAAAAAGAAAAGUAAAAGUAUUUUGGAAAUUAAAAAAAAUACAAUUUUUGUAUGCAAUUUAGAAAACAGUCCGCUCAGAAAUAAAUAACUUAUAGUAGAUUCCAUAGUAAGAAAAAAAGGUGUUCCCUGUGGAAGGACUAUAGAUCGAAAACUUCUAUCGUUCUCUAUAUAGACAUUUAUAUUCAAGAAGUUACCAUACUCAAUACAUAUCAAUUUACAUAGAAGUGCAUAAGGUGUUUGGUGUGUCAGUGGUGUAAAUCUAGUGUUAUAACAUGUUUGUUUUUUUAACAUUUGACCUGAUCCAGGCUAGUUAUUAAAUAGCUAGUGUGACACAUUUGUGAAACAAAUUGCAUGCGUUUUAUAUUUUUCAGGUUUUACAGGCAAAAAUUAGACACUUGGAGCAAUUAAUAUAUAUGAGGGAUUUAAAACUUGAAGACUUGGAAGAAAGAGCAUCAGAAUUACCGUAUCCAAAAAUGCCUUUCAUAUCUAUGCAAAGGCAUAGAAGCAAAAA